CUCAUGCCUGGCUCACCUUCUCGGAGUCACUCGGCGCGGUAAUGACUGUGAACUACGAACGUAUCAAUUAUUUUUUUGCGACUGCACCAAUCACUGGCCUUUCGACAACGGUCAAGGUACACAAUGACUUCACAUACUGCUCCGGAGACGGCUUUAGAGACGGCCUCGGAUUCAGGCACGGAUCUAUACUUAUCGGCUCCGCCCUCCCCGCCAUACCUUAAGCUCGAUGCACAGGACGGCAAAUGGAUCAUAAACAACGAAACGAGCAUGACGAAGACUGACACCUGGGGUGUCAAGCAUUUCGAGUUUGGUAGAGAGCAAUAUUUGAACGUCAAGGAUACUGGUGGAGAGUUUACCGCGCCGGAUAUUUAUGGAAAGCUUCACACCUGCACAGUCGAGCCACCGUCAAUACAAGAAUACGAAGGAAAGGAUCAACUCUGUGGACCAAGUCUUUACCUUCGCCCCCACCUCGACCUGAUGUGGCCGCCGGUGGAAACCAAAUUGAGGGAUAAAUGGGGCGUGUAUCCAGGCGACGCGGGUUGCUUGAUCUGGAUAAGAAGACGCGAUAUAAUCGAUGACUCCAAAGAAGCGCUGCAUGAAUUCUGCAAAAAUCUAGAUCACGCCGGGAGUCAGGUAUUUGUUGAUUCGGCGCAGUUGUGGAACUCUGGUGGCGAGGCGUUGGAAAAGAAUCUAGCGGACGACGCCGUCAAGGUGCCAGGAAUAGACAAGAUCGUAUGCAUCGGCAUGGGGGCCCUAAAGCGAGUCGAUUGGUUCCUUCAACACGUUUCCGUCUCCAGGAUUCGUAAGAUUCUAGCCGACAAACAAGGAAAAGCUAUUACGGCUAUCCCGAUAUACGCCCAGGACCCAUAUUAUUGCAGGAAAUGCAAGGCCAUCCUCAGGGAAAUGGACUUCGAGAUUGUCGAGGACCCGGACGGCUUUAUGAAGAUCGACAACAACACUUUCGUCAUAUCCAUCCAUCCCUCUGUCCCCGUACGCCAGAUCGCAGUGUGGCGUACGCGCGAGGGCGGACCGGCGGGCAUGCUAUGCAACAGAAUCUACGACGAGGAGGUCGUAGAGCAGAAGGAGAAAAGAAAAAGAGACGCAGGCGCCCACUUUUUGUGCGAGUACAAAACACGCUGUACGACUUUGCCUUGGAAUGACGUUGAUAGCCCUCCUGAAUCCCGGGCUUUCUCUCAUUCGGAGAUGUAUAUCAGGAACACAACGAAGUAAUGCUUCACUGCUUCUGUACCAUAUUUUUCCUUUCGUGUUUUGCUUGUACUAUUUACUUUCUGUCCUGUUCUUGCUUAUGAUAG